AUGGGAGGAAACGAACAGGACGACGAGGUGGAAAAGACAAACAUUAAUAACCCCCAUGAUGAUGAAAAGAGGCAACAUGAGGACGACGCCCUUUUCGAAGAUAUAAUCCCACAGUGGGAUUAUAGGCGGAUAGGCACAAAUGUAAUAAAUGAGAAAAUGCUAAUCGAAGAAAUAAGCAAAAGUGGGGGGACCCCUGGGGGAAAGAACCUCACUGAGGAGUUUAACCACGCCAAGGUGUUGUCCCUCGAAAACAGGAAGAUCCUCCUCAUACAGAACAUCGACCUUUUUAGGAGCCUGGAGGAACUGCGCCUGGACAACAAUCUCAUCGAGGAAAUCGAAAACCUGGAAGGACUCUCCAAUCUGAAAAUCUUAAGCCUAUCCAACAACAAAAUAAAAAAAAUAAAAAACCUCAGUCAGUUAGAAAAGCUGUCAGAAAUAAACCUCCACAAUAACCUAAUCGAAAAAAUAGAAAACUUAGACAAUAACGUAGAAUUAAAAAUCCUAAUUCUAAGUAAAAAUAGAAUAAAACAUAUGGAGAAUGUAACUUACCUGAGGGUUUUAAGAAAAUUAAAAUUUCUUAACUUAAUGGAUAAUCCGAUAUGCCUGGAGCAGAACCUCUUUAUCCAAGUGGGUUCUACUUUGUCCACUCUGAAAUGUUUUAACAACGUGCUGUUGACGGGGGAGAGUAGCUGUAGAAGACGAGGGUUUCCUUCUGAUUUGUCCAAGGGGUACCAAGGUGGGGAUCCCCCUGUAGAAAGGCCCCCCCAGGAGAAGAUCGACUCCAACCAUUGCGACAAUUACGAAAAGAAAAUCGGCGAAGCGUACUUGUCCAAUAUAACCACGCUGGAUCAGGCCCUCUUUGACAUAAAAAAGGAGCCUUCUGUUUUCCUCAAAAUUGAUUACUACUCCAAGGUUAAGGAGGACUUUCUGCGCGACGUCCGCCUGAUGAGUUCCACCCUCAUAGACCAAAUCCUCCAGUUGAACGAACAACGCAGCGAAUGCUCUCGCACUUUCGAAAGCGACGUGGAGAGCUUCACCUCGCAGUACAUGAAGAAUAACAUUGCGGCGUUCAACCAGCUGCGGAAGAGGUCCAAGCGAGUGGUGCGUGCCCUCCUCGCCUUCCUGGGUUGCGAAAAGGAACCUCCCCCCGUGGAGCUGAGGAAAUGCCCAGACAUUUAUAAAAAAAGGACCCAAGCAAGUGACCACAAAAUGCUUAACGAUACAAUUACGAGAAAAGUUCAAAAUGUCUGCGCAGAUUUUCGUUUCAAGCGAAACAAUGAUGAGGAGCUCCCCCAAGAGGAUCACACCCACGUCGUGGGAACCUCCGAACCCCCUUGUGAAAACCCCGAGGAGAAGGAGCCAAAUGAAAGCAACAUCCUCCUCCUUGAGGGAAAAAAAUACAACAUUAUAAAAAAGUAUAUAGAAAAAAACAUGCAGGAGAAUUUCCUCUUUAGAGACAAGUUAAUAAACGACGAACUAGCCAACAUGGUUUCAAUUAAUAAUUUUCUCGAAUGCUUCAAAAAGGAGGUUUCUAAAAUGAUAAAGCUUAUAAAUGAUCAUAUUUCGGAUUAUUUCCGUAAAUUGGAAGAAUUGGAGGAAAAUUUUAACUCCAGAAUUAUUAACUUCUUCGCCGAGGUGAAGAAUAACGAGCAUCCCUCCGUCAGCCUCAGCGAAGAUGAAAUAAACGAGUACUACGCAUACAAAGGCAGUCGCUCAAACAUUCUGAACAAUCUGGAGGACUUCAUCUCCAGCAGCUACAACAAAGCAGGCAGCUCCCUCAUCGAGGAAAAAAAGAAACACUUAUUUGUUAAGUCCAGGGAUCGCAUUUCAGAGAUUGAGAAAAUUGUCGACACGUCGAACGAUUUGUUUUAUUCCUACCUCAGUAUUUUGCGUGUCCGUGUUCAGUGA